GUACGGGUCGGCAAGAAGGGUCAUAUAUAUUCGCGAUGACUCGGGCCAACUUUCGGGUUGACACUGAAACACACACUGAGCUUUACGGCACGACAGCGCGUCCUCCGCAUUGGCAAUGCCGGUUCACAACUAACUGUCAAGGGAAGCCAGCGAUAAAGCGGGAUGGGGGCUACCAAAGCAUGUGUGAGUACCACCGUGAGUACCAGCGCCAGAAGAUCGCAGAGAGGCAUGCGGCCAAGACACCGAAGGAUUUCGGCCCGACACAGUGCAGAUAUCCCGCCGGAUGCGGCAAGGAGAGAGCGCUCAAGAAGACUGGAGUGCUGCAUAAUUACUGCGAGUUCCACCGCCAACGGCUGAAUGAAAUACAGAGACGGCGACAGAAUCGAGAGAGAGCUCUAAAGCGGGAGGAAGCUCGUAGGCGGCAGCCUGUAGGAGGCAGUGGGCGCUCUAAGGACACUUUCCGUUCGCGUUGCCGGGACCAAGACGACACUAACUACACGCUAUGUGGUCUCGCCGAGAUUAAUAUCGCUGGUGAAGAAGAAACAUUACGGAGGACAGAGGCUGACAAACGCUUUAAGGAGACAUGUGCUGCGAUUUGGGCCGCACACACAAGCUUAAACACCUAUUGAAGAAAGGUUUACUCACAACAGAAAUAUAUAUAAACCCAUUUGAAGAACGUU